AUGGCGGAGUGCAAGAAGUUACAGAGGGAACUCACCUGGGAAGGUAACACCAUUAAGCGCCUGGUAGCAGAGCAAGAUUAUGAAGAGACGGAAGCAAGACUUCGGAUAUUAAAGGGAGUAUUUUCCGAGUUUGCUAACGCACACGAGGAUUGUCAUGUGCUUCUCACUGACGACGGUGAUAUUGACGAUAGUGAUGGGUAUCUCUUUGAGGUUCAAGAUGCGUAUAUUGAUGUGGUGAGAGAAGCGAAGGCAUUCCUCGAUAGUCGGAAGUUACCCAUCAAGCCGGAGGCAUUAAGACGACAAGAGCAGCAAUAUGCACGACUGGAACGGCAGAGAUUGUUCCAGAAACAUCAAGAAGGAAUUAGAAGGCAGGAGAAGGAGCAAUUAAGAUUGUUUCAGGACCAACAAGAAGCAGCCAGAAAGCAAGAGGAAGAAGGUAUUAGAAUGGAACAAGAAAGAAUGUUCCAGGAACAGCAAGAAGCAGCCAGGAAGCAAGAGGAAGAACAUAUUAGAAUGGAACAAGAAAGAAUGUUCCAGGAACAGCAAGAAGCAGCCAGGAAGCAAGAGGAAGAAUGUAUUAAAAGGGAACAAGAAAGAAUGUUCCAGGAACAGCAAGAAGCAGCCAGGAAGCAAGAUGAAGAAGGUAUUAGAAUGGAACAAGAAAGAAUGUUCCAGGAACAGCAAGAAGCAGCCAGGAAGCAAGAGGAAGAAUGUAUUAAAAGGGAACAAGAAAGAAUGAUCCAGGAACAGCAAGAAGCAGCCAGGAAGCAAGAGGAAGAAUGUAUUAAAAGGGAACAGGAAAGAAUGUUCCAGGAACAGCAAGAAGCAGCCAUGAAGCAAGAGGAAGAAUGUAUUAAAAGGGAACAAGAAAGAAUGUUCCAGGAACAGCAAGAAGCAGCCAUGAAGCAAGAGGAAGAAU